AAUCGAGAUGGUCUUUUCGUAGGAGAAGAGAACUGAACAGGCACUUGUUUCUCGCGAUGAAAAAUCGAGAUGAACUCACCUUAAUAUGAGGUGCGAGCAACUGGCAACAUCGGCAGAAAUGCUCAGGGCCGCAAUGCGCAACUUUUAUCAAGGUAGUGCUCCCUUUUAGGGCACACCACCUUUCAUUUCAUACCUACCUCAUACCGACCAUCUGUCUACAGUACUUGGUUCACGAGUCAAAAAAUACGGGCAUGACGGGGGGCGAUUGGGGAAUGGGGAGGUGGGGGAUGUUACCGAAGGGAUCCGUUUUACUACAAGGGAAAAGAGUUUACACCCGGGCAAAACACGAGGUUCUUCUGUGUCCUGAGCAGCUAGAUGAGGUACCUUGCCUUUCAACUGCGUUACUGCAGUAGUGACAAAUAUCACAUUUCCGGAGCCUCGACAAGGUUGCUGCAGGGUUAAUGCAGGGCGGCAAGCUAAGGUACCUAGGGUCCACAAUUCUCCCGAGUACCACCGCUCUUUCUUUUGCUCUCCCCUGCGGGAUGGUUGCUCUUUCCAUCUUAAAAGGGCAGCUUGUGCCGCCCUCGAGCUCGAGAGACGGUUGAGAAAUGCUCUCGUUGUUGUGCAAGACGCUCCCUCUCUGGUCACUCUCCGACGGACCUUGACUGCCAUUCACCAGCCGUCUACGCCCACCUCAGCCAGCUGCUCCCCCCGACGUCGACGGGGACUGAUUUCAUACGAUGGCGGGACCCAAGAAGCCGGUCAACGUCUUCAAGUUGAAGAACCUCAAUGUUCCGCCCGAGGUCUUCAACUGGCGCCUAUGGUUCGCCGUGCUCUCCUUUGCGCUCCUCGGCGCCGCACGUGGUGUGGAUGAGGGCUUGAUCUCGGGUGCUUUCAACAGCAAAAACUUUCAGGACUCGAUCAACUACAAGUCCUACAGCACAGUCGAUCAGGCUAACAUCAAGGCCAAUGUAUCAGCCAUGGUGCAGAUUGGUUCUGUUGGUGGCUCGCUAUUUGCUUUUCUGGUCUGCGAUCGCAUAGGACGAAUCUGGGCCGUCAGGCAGCUUUGCGCCAUCUGGAUUCUGGGCAUUGGGCUUUUCCUAGGUGCCAAUGGUAACCUUGGAAUGAUCUACGCUGGAAGGUUCAUCGCUGGCUUGGGAGUCGGACAAACUCCUGUCGUCGGUCCCGUCUACAUUGCCGAGAUCGCGCCACCAGAGGUCCGAGGUCUCUGCACCUGCAUUUUCACCGGUUUCGUCUACCUGGGAAUCGUGCUGGCCUAUUUCGCCAACUACGGCUGCCAGAUCAACAUGGGCGACAACACGCCUGCUCGUUGGAUGGUUCCUACAUCUCUUCACAUCAUGUUUGCCACCAUCAUCUUCUGUCUGAGUUUCAUGCAGUACGAGUCUCCCAGGUUCUUCAUCAAGCAGGGCAAGCAUGAAGCCGCUCAGUACAACAUGGCCCGCCUGCGCAACCUCCCAGAGGAUCACCCCUACGUGUUGAACGAGAUUGCAGCUAUUGAGAUGGCUCAUCAAGAGGAGAUGGAGGCAACCAAGGGCACUGGUUUCUGGGGCAUGCUGAAGGAGAUGUUUACCGUUCCCAGCAACCUCUACCGUAUCUGGUUGGCCCUGAUGGCUCAGAUCAUGUCGCAGUGGUCGGGCGCCGGAUCUAUCACGCUAUACGCCCCGGAUCUCUUCAAGCUGCUUGGCAUCGCAGGCACAAACGAGACUCUCCUCGUCACCGCCGUUUUCGGAAUUGUCAAGCUUAUCGCUGCCAUCAUCUGCGCUCUGUUCCUCGUCGAUGUGAUCGGCCGGAAGCGCUCCCUCCUCAUCGGUAUCAGCUUGCAAGCUGUGUCAAUGAUCUACGUUGCCAGCUUCCUCACUGCAGUACCUAAGCUGGGCGUUGAUGAAGCUCUCGCUAUGAACGACGCGCAGCUGGGAGCCUCCAAGGGCGCUAUUGCCAUGAUAUACAUCAGCGGCUUCGGCUGGGCCUUGGGCUGGAACUCGAUGCAAUACCUCCUUACCUCGGAGCUGUUCCCCCUGAGGAUCCGAGCCCUGGCCACGUCGAUGGCCAUGACUUUCCACUUUGCCAACCAGUAUGGCAAUGCACGCGCCUUACCCAACAUGCUCCUGCCCUUCGGGAAGGGUGGCAUCAACCCCAACGGAUCCUUCUGGACGUUUGCUAUAAUCACGAUCCUGGGUGGUUUCUGGGUUUGGUUCUUUGUUCCCGAGACGGCUGGAAGGUCGCUCGAAAGCAUGGACCGGCUUUUCGCUCUGCCCUGGUACCGUAUCGGUCGCUACGGCAACGCGGAUGCCGAGGAGCAGGAUGCGGUGUACAAGACCAAGGAAGAAGAGGCCGGCGUCUCUAGUGGUGCACAUGUGGAGAAGACACGAGAGAUUGCUUAAUCAUGCGAUGUUUAUGUUUGCGCUCAAUUAUGUGCCCGCUAGAGGUUUGAGACAAAAAGCAUGGUUUUUUUUUAUUUUGCCACGAAUACCCAUGAUCAUUCAUACUCUACAUAGUUCAAUGACAAUGAAAAUACAGAUUUUA